AUGACAGCGAUGACUUGCAAAUUAAGUGGCCUCUUCAGCAUUGGUGAGGACUUUGAUGAUGAGGACCUGCUCGGGACAGACUGGGCAGCCCGCUCAGCGUCUGGACCAGCCGAUGUGGCAGCUGCUGUGUCAUCCUGUGCGCUGCGUGCCUCCUCUGUCGCUCGCAGAGAGCCGGAGAAAAAUUGCCCGCAGCAAACUGGAGAGAGAUCAGCUGCCCCGUGUAAUGGCACAGCAUCGCAGAGCAGCACGCACACUGCUGCUGGACAAAUUGUUUCUGUGGGUUUGAGACAGCUCUCCUCCUCCUCCUCCUCUGCUCAGACUCACUCCUCCCAUCCCUCCACACUGAAUAUCUCUCAGCCUAAUGUGGCAUCACAGCAGAGUCAUGCCAACAUUGAGACAAUACAGAAGUCCACUGCGGCUCAGGAUGAUUUUGACGAUUGGGAUGUCGACCUGGCAGAUCUGGAUGAGUGUGACAGCCUGCUUCAACCUCCAGCUCCAUCGCUACCCAGGCCUACAGUUGAGCAUGUAUCUUCAGCCAAAACGCUGCGGCCCUCAACUAGUGGAGGCAUUCAAAGGCCUCCAGCAGGGGGUUUGAGAGGGCUCAGCACUGCACACCAGUCAUUCAGCUCAUCCAGUCACACGCCGCCUCCUCGGACCUUUUCUGCAGCUCAUGUGCGAUCUCUAAAUCCCCGCCCGGCUCAACUGUCAUCCCCUCCACAGAGUCCGGGUGUUUUCCCAGGUCUCACUGCAACGUCCCCAUGCCCCAGCCCUAUCUCCAGGACACUAAACAGACCCCAGCAGCCACAGAGACAGUGGGCAACUCCAGGACCCUCAAAUCAGACCCGCACCCUCUUUGAGACUAUUUCUCCAAGACCCCAGAGCUCCCCAGCUCUGAGCCCACAUCCCCUUGCCACACCGGUCCUCACCAAUCGUCUAGUCCAGCUGGUAUCUGCAUCUAGUAAGCUUCCCAAGAAGAGGCCUCGCUCUGAGCCUCUUCGGCCCAGGACCAGACGUUUCCCCGGCCCCGCUGGACUCCUGCCAGAGCAGCCGCAGGGUCAAAGCCUGGAUGACAUAGUCGUGUCUGUUCCUCAGACUCCGGCUCACGGCGCUUUGGCCCGGUUGCCAAGCCAGGGUUCCAGCUCCCAGAUCGAUGAAGACGAGUUCAGCGGCGGUGCCUGGGCAGCGAUGAAGGCAGAGAUGGGAUUGGACGAGAGGAACCCGUCGUGUUUCCUGCAGUCGUACAGCGUGGUCAUGGUGCUUCGAAAGGCUGCACUCAAACAACUGGCAAAAAACAAAGUACCCAACAUGGCGGUGCUGCUGAAGAGCAUCAUCCACACACAUGCUGACGCCAAGGCUGUGUUCAAAGACCCAACAGGGGAGAUUCAGGGAACGGUGCAUCGCCGUCUCUUAGAGGACAGAGUGGGGGAGCUGAAGGUUGGAGCUGUGCUGCUUCUCAAACAAGUGGGUGUGUUUUCCCCCUCCCAUCGCAACCAUUACCUAAACGUGACGCCUAACAACCUGCUGAGGAUCUACUCCCCCGAUGGAGUCGGUCUGUCGUCCACUCAGCUGCCUCCUCUGGUCCUGGAGUCGACAUUGUCACCCGUUCGGUCACCAGCUUACCUCCGGGAGACGGUGUCUCAAAUGCAGCUGGUGUUUGAUGACGAUGACAACGACGGACAAGAGGAAGGGAAUUUCGCAGACCCUCGAGUCCCGACAGACACUACAGUGAACUCAAGCACAGGCCCCGGAGAGCCAGCACCUCAGGACUCGGGCUGGGAUGCAGACGACGACCUGGAUGAACUUCUGGGAGAUUUACCUGAGGACACCUACAGCAUUUGA